AAUAUUUAUACGGUAGUUACAAUAACAACCCAACGACAUAAAACAUCUAAGACUCUCAACACACCAUAUAUAAUGUCGGAAGUAAAAGAUCCAGCGAUUAAGCUUUUUGGAAAGACUAUUCAGUUGCUUCAUCAUCACGAUCAUGAAAUUGUUCAUGAUAAAGCUAAUGAACACGUCAAGAAAACAUUGGAGAAACAACAUCCCACAACUCAAACAACAGAAGACACAUGUCCAUAUCCAUCAACAUCUUCAAGAUUAAUCAACAAUGAUGAUCCAAAAACACCACCAACAGAAAAAGAAACUUCAUCAAAAAACACCACUAAAAUCAUCAAGGAGGAUAGCCCGGCGAAUGAGGAUUAUUAUUCAAACUCAUCAAACGUAGACGAAAAACCCCCAAAACCUUCAGACAAGAUUCUACCUUGUCCUAGAUGCAACAGCAUGGACACAAAAUUUUGUUACUACAAUAACUACAACAUGAACCAGCCUCGUCAUUUUUGCAAAAACUGUCAAAGAUACUGGACUGCGGGUGGAACCAUGAGAAACACACCCGUUGGUUCGGGUAGAAGAAAGAACAAAAGUUCAUCAUCAUCAUCAACGGCUUCUUAUUAUCGUUGCAAGAACUCAUCCUCUCCGCGCGUUUCCUUGUAUCCACCGCCAUAUCAAUACUACUGUGGUUAUAAUGUUCAAGUACAACCAAUAAUCCCAUGGAGUAUGCAAUGGAUACCUCCUCCUAAUGAUCAAAUUUCCCCUAAUUCUCCUUUAGGAAAGAUUCAGAAAACGGCGCGUUUUGUUACCCAAAACAUUACCAUCCAAUGAGGCUGCAAAAAUUGUAACAACUCAAUAAAUGAUGAAAAUGGUAACAUUUAAUUUAAUAAACGGAGAUGGGAAGAAUGAAGGCACUGUUGCUAGCUGGCCGGUUCAUAUAUGAAUGAUACAUGUGAAUAAAUUUUUAUACAUAUAUGAACAGAUUAAGUCUGGAAAGUUUUAGAUGUAAAGUACGUAUGACGGUUUUAAUUAGUGUACCUCAUGAUUAUAAUACUGUAAACAACUAAAUUUGUUUAACAAAGGGGAAGGAGACAGAGAAAGAAAGAUUUUUGAAUGUGCUAAAGUGUAAGCUAGGU